AUGAUCCCGCCACGCGUCGUGUGUUGGAGAUGCACCUCGCGGCUGCGCACCCAGGCGCGCCAGCCCGUCGCUAAACUGGCCUACUCCUCACUCGCCGACACGGACUCCAAGAUUCAGCCGGCACACACCUCACAGUCUACCCCAAGGCAGCGAAUACGUCCACGCCUUCGAGAUGGGACGCCUGAGCCCAACCGCGCAUCAUUGCUUCCCACCUACGGCUCCGACGCGCCCGCCUACGACAUGUUCAACCAAAUUGUCAACGGCCGAAGAUCCGAAUGGACAAGCAAACCGGCUGCUGUCUCCCCGACUCCAGAGACCUCCGGAAUGAGGGCGCACGAAAUCGAUUUGACGUUUCUGCUUAGCACUCUGGUGGCACGCAGGACCGAGCCCGUCAUGACACGGCUCAAGACGUUUGAGGAGUCAAUAUGGCCCCUCUUACGACCCUAUGGGACUGAUCUCCCAGCACCCAUAUCACAUCUUCUACAUGAGUUUAUCAAGGAUGCUUGCGUAGACUCGAUACAGAAUAGCCGAGCCACCGCAUGCCGGGAGAUUGCUCAGGUCGCAGACCGCGUCGGCAUGAAACAAACGCAUAUUCCCAACGUUAUGGCACUGAAACUUUGUCAUGCUUGUGUGACGAGCAAAAACACGACUGCUCAACGCAAAUUUCUAGCACAGAGCUUGCUAGACCUUUGGAUGCACGUUUCUCAGAUGCAACGGCUGCCCGAGAAGGAUCGGCCCCUGCGGCUAGCCCUUCCUGACAAGGUCGAUUUCAAGGUGGCUCUGCGAGCUUCGCCGGGCUCACGGGAUGGGGUCCCUGGCGACAGAAUCGCUACUCCAGAAUCUUUUCUUGACGCCCUGUUUCCUCAAUUCAAAGAUGGCCGAGCGAGAGACCUUAUGGACGGGCUUCUCGCAACGCUGUGCCUCGUCUCCGACCCACGCUUCGUAACAGAACAUGUGCAAAGAGACUUUGCUCCGUUGUUGGAGCUCGCUAGCAUCUUUGUGAAUGAACACAGCCAACAGGCCGAAUUGAUGCUGCAACAAUACCCGCAUCAGGUCAGCCAUGCAGUCGCCUUUCCAUCAGAAAAGUUUGAUGAACUUGGAGUAUAUAUCCGGAAUCAAUGGCCACUGCUAGUUCAGUUCUUGAACAAUAAAAAAGCAGCAUGGCGUCAAGGUAGCGCUCCGGCGGAUGACUCAAAGGCCAGUCUUGCUCAGAUUCACAGGCGAUUUCGCAGGGCGUAUGAAGGACGUAACAAACCCGGAGUAAGUACCAUAUUUGCCGAAUUGUACGAAAAACAGGCCUCAAGUCCUGAUCUACGCUCUGCAAUACAAUCCAGGCCUGAACUUAUGGACUUUAUCAUCUUCAUCACAUGCGCACUACGCCUAGACUACGAAUACAAGACCGCCGUGGAGUUAAUGAAGGAGCUGCAUAUUCCACUCACGCUCAAGACGUACACUGGCAUGAUGCACGGUUGGAGGCUGUGUAAGGAUUUCAGAAAGAUUGAUGCUCUGUGGAAUCAACUCCAAGUGGCAAAUGUGCGCCUCGAUGUGCCCAUUUGGACGGAGCGCCUCGCAGCAUACAUCCUCAAAGGCAAGAUUGGCGUCUGCAUGACUGAGCUUGCCAAACUGCAAGCGGACUGGAACGCUGCGGUGGAGAAUAAAACCGUCGAAGAGAGCGGCGCCGUCCAGCCCAGCAUCGAAAUGGUGAAUGCCUGCAUCAAGGGCACCCUGGAGAUUAGCCCGCGGUCGGCCAAGGUGCUCCUGAGCUGGGCGCACAACAACGGCAUCAAGCCCGAUAUCAGCACCCAUAACAUUAUUCUCCGGCACGCAUUUGGGACGGGCCCCGAAGACGUUGCCUGGAUCAUGGACCUGAUGGAGAAGAACGGCAUUGAGCCGAACCAGGCCACCUUUGUCAUUCUCAUUGAAGAAAUGCUGUCGCUGACGGGCCCCGAGUCGCCCGAGGCACAGGUCGAGGCCGUUGACCAAGUCUUUGCCGAACUGUCACGCUCCAAGUUUGCCCUGAACCCGGAGCUCUAUGCCAAGGCGCUGCACGCCGUCGCGUCGCUGGCCAACGCGUCGAACGCGGCCGUCGAUGCGGUGCUCGCGCACCUGCGGCACCAAAAUGUGCGCAUCAACCCGUACAUGGUGACGAUUCUGAUUGAGCGCUCGCUGCAGCGCGAUCCGCACUCCUUUGCGCCGGUCGAGGCGCUGCUGCACAAGUACGACAUGGCGGACACGUCGCGCGGCGACCAGACGCUGUGGGAGCGCGUGAUUCGCGCCGCGGCUAUUACGGGCGAGCCCUACGUGGCCCUCAAGCGCUUCGACGAACUGGCGGCCGCCGGGCGCCCCGUCACGUCCCUCCCGUGCCUCAACGAGCUGUUGCGCGCGCUGUUGGCCGAGGGCGACGCGGUCAACGCACGGCGCAUCGUCGACUCGGUCCUGCACAACAAGAUGCUGGCGCAGGUGCAGAGGGGUGGUGAGACUGACGUCGACGAAGCGCGCUUCUGGAAGCAUCACUUUUGGUACCUGGCCAAGGAGAAUAAUCUACUCGACGACGCAAACAUGCCUGGUGGACUGCACAAGCUGAUUGAACAUUACUGA